CUUUAAUUCUCGUUACUGAGCUGCAGUCUAAUACAGUUACGUAGUUUAACAUGGGUUUAGGGAGCUGUGAAAAUUCAAUAACCAUUAGUGCGUGUUUGCGUGAGUGUGUAUGUGUGGGUGGGGGGUGCAGAGCAAAGAGAUGCGUAACCGCCCUGGCCGGGGAGAGCGGUAGCAAGGGGAACAGCCUCGAGGACUCCGCCAAUGGGGAUAGCGUUUCUAGGAGGGGAUCCAAGCAAAUGACGCCAUACGCCGUGGAGAGAGGUUUUUUUUUGUUGUUGUCCGAGGGUUUGAGGUACGGGAAAAUGUCCGCCAUUCCUAGUUUCCGUUGAUGUUUUGUGCGCGUUAAGCGUAGACCGUGCGGCGACUGUGGAUGUGAUACCGCGGAUCGUGGAUAUGGUGUUCGAUUCGUCGUGGCGGCUUGGCGAGCCCAAACCGCGUCGUUAUUCGAUACGCGGUGCUUUGUGGCGCGCUUCGUCGUAGGCAUCGAGCGCUGGAUGGCAACCUAACUGCGGUUGAAAGGGACGUGUCUGUCACGUGGUUGGCGUAUUUCUUUGUUUGCCCUUCUUAGCGGAGCUGGUUUGUAAUUCGCGUUGUCUACACCUGGAUGUGGAAAAUCGUUGUGUGUGCAUUGAGGAUGUACGCCGACCCGCGCCUGUGAGAUGGAGCCGAUGUGGAACGGGUGAGUCGACAAGAAAGCUCGCGCGAGCCCCUCGCUCCGUCGUGCGCCGGCUGGCGUCUCGGGUGACUCGGUGUGUCGCGAACCCCGGGGCGGGCCGAGGCGGCGCUAGGAAGGAUUGAUCGCGCCUGAGACCGCAUGGGAUCACCACUGCCGCCUGCAUGUUGUCGCCGGUGCCGUUCAGGAUAUGUUGCAUAGCAGCGAUGGCCCCCGCCCUGACGGAAGCGGCUAGCCAAGCGGAGAGCUUCAGCCUGCCCCACUCGCCGGCCUCGUCGAGUGUGUGCGGCAACGGUCACCCCGCGUCGCCGCCCUCCGACCCUUACCGGCACAAGGGGCGCGACAAGUUCAAAGGAAACCUCUGGGACACCGUGAGCCUUGCGGCGCUCGCCAAUGUCAAGCUUUUCCGGCUGCGCGAGUCUCAGGCGCCGGCCCACUGCGCCGCUCAUGCUGCUGUCGCGGCGGCCAUGAACCGCGUCAACAUGGGCCUUACCAACGGCGGCUCGCCGCUGCUGCUUCCUCCGGAGCGGGCCGAGCCUCGAGUCGAAGCGCCGAGCCUCGAGCCGGCGAGCCCCGAGCUGCUCGAGUUGGCGCGCACGCGACGCGGGCUGCUGGAGCGGCGCGCCGAACGACUUGAGCGGCGGCUGCGGAGGCUGCAGCUGCGCCAGGCGGUCCAGCACUCGGCGGGCCAGAUGGCCGCGUUCUUCGAGCACCAGCAGACCUCGCUGGGACUGCCCUGCCUGAUGCCGCAGCGGCUGCUUCACCGCAAGCUGCGCGACAGCGCCGACAUUAAGGCCGAGCUGCUGUUGCAGAGCGAGGACGUGAAGAGCCUGUCCACCGCGGCGCUCGUCAGCCUGGUGCGCAAGCUCGAGGAGUCGCACGGCCCGGCGCCCGCCGAUCUGCGGCUCAGUGCGCAAGACCGCGCCGAGGGAGAGCGUGUCGCAGGCACGCUGCGCGCCACGCUCGCGUACCAGGAGCGUGCCGUCGACUCGGACGCCACCGAGAGCAGCUCGGGCGGCGACGACAGCGGCGACGACGAGCCUUCCUCGCGGGCUGGCGCCGACGCGUUGCCUCCGGCCGGCGAGAGCACUCUCCGGCAGAGCGCGGCGUGGCGUUGGUCCAUGGACCGCGCCGCGGUGGCCUGCCGCUGGACGUGGCUGCAGGCGCAGGUCGCCGACCUCGAGUUCCGCAUCAGACAGCAGGCGGACCUGUGCCGGCAGCUGCGUAAGGCCAAGGGCGACGUGCGUCUCGAAGGCCACGACCCGCCGGAAGAGGCCUCUACCGACGACGGCAAGGCGGUGACGGAGUGCGAUGUCGAGACCAGCACCGUCGCGGAGGAGGACGUCGUACCGCACGCGGCCGACGCUGCGGGAACGGCGGCGCCCCCUGCCAAGCCCAACGGCCUGGUGCUGUCCGCCUCCGACCUCUUACCUCCCGCAGCGACGGCCGGCGGUUGCGCGCGGACUCGGGCGCUGGCGGCUGGCUUCCGCAAGCGCAAGGUGGUGGUCGCCGCCACGGCCCUCGCCUCGGCCCGCAAGUCGGCCCGCUUGAUGGCCACAGUGCAGUGUCCGUGUCGCUCGGUGUGCGGACCCACGUCUCCUGGCGCCACGGCCGCAGGCUGGGGCUCGGGCUUCGCCGCCUCUGCGCCGCCCAGUCCGGUGACCUCGGUGCCCCUCGCUGCAGCGACCUCGGCGGACGGCGGCGCGGCGGUGGAUGCCCCGACCGUCAGCCUGCCGCCGCUGGCUCCGUGCCUGGUGUGCGGCGGCCGCUACAACAGCGUGCGGCCGCUGGACGCCGAGCUUAUGACGCGUCAGGAGAAAGUGGCGCUUCUCGACCCUGGCUUCCAUCCGGUGCUUUCGUUCCCCUCCGACAUACCCCUGAAGCUGCACUUCGAAAUGCUGCUACGGACUGGAGAGCUUCAAAAGCUUGCCCUGAAAGCAUCUGCAACAUUAAGGAAGAAGUCGCGCUUGGCACAAGUGACAGGGCUCACCGUGGACCAGGCACGCAAGAAAAGUAGGAAGCUUGCCCACAACGCUGCACAAACUCUUCUCUCAUCUGCAAAGAUGAGGAGGCAUCGUAGUGACAAAAAGCGACCAUACCGUCGGCACUUGGAUGGCGAGGUGACUACAAACGAGUCUUGUUACGAUGGCUCCUUUAGGCGAGCAGAUGGCUCUUUCACUUUAUCGUCAAAGCAGCGAGAACGACAGCGAACCUUCUCCACUGCUUCAAGUGGCAGUUCCAAGGCCGCCUCUCCUGUGCCUUCACCUGCACCAUCGCAGGGCGAUUUAUCCACUUCCCAGCUUCUGCCUGGUGGAGGUGCAGCACAAAGCCGGUCUAUCCUUCAAGAGGUCUUGCGGAAACGCAGAGGCGAAAAUGCCUUUGACAUCAACAACAUUGUGAUUCCCUACAGCAUCGCCUCAGCUACACGAGUGGAAAGGCUGCCUUACAAGGAGAUCCUCACACCAAAGUGGCGUGCAUUAACAGAAGAGGAGCUCAGUGGAGUGCUCCAAGACGGUGGCGACGACUUGAAAGAUGAAGUGGAGGAUGUGACUGACGAGGCGUUUGAGGCUCGGCACCAGGUGUGUGAGGAGGAGGAGAAGCAGCGUUUUGCUGGCCUCCUGUCCAAGGCUGUGCUGAGUGGCAGCCAGGUGCAGCCAGCACCGGGGGGCCCCCAAGCGCCACACCACCAGGGCAGCAAUGCGACACCCUGCCACCGGCAGCUGUACGACUCCGUAGAGUGCUCCAUGUCACCACCGCCCGCUGGCUUGUCCUGCUGGGCCCCGUGCGAAGUGGACCCUUACGAGCCACGUACUUUCCCAUUGGCCGACGAGGAGUACCAAGGAAUGGUGGCAGAGUCGCCACAUUUGCUGCCUUCACCAGCUGCAUCUCCACCACCUGCCGACAGGGAUGGUUCUCCACCACCUCUAGAGGCUGCACCUCUCGAGCCUCUGGAGCCACAGCCAAAUCCAGAGCCAGCUGUUGAGCCAGACCCUGGUGGCUUGACCUUUGACCCUGACGCUUAUUUGGUACCUAAGGAAGUGGUGCAUCCUGAACCUCCAAUUUCACCGGUUGAGUGCUCGAGUGUUGCGUCUGUGCCGAAUGACGAUCCAGAGUGGACAUCUGAGACAAGAGAGAAUUUGGUUCUCAAGCUGACCAAGAGAUAAUAGACCAAAGCGGCUUUUCUCAUUUCCUGAGGGCAUCGAAGGGGGGCUGUGUGUGGCCCAAGCUCUUUCCCUCUUGCACUGCAGUGUGAUGGGAUAUCAGCAAAGUGCAAACAAUUGCUGGAUGUGUGUGUGUUCGUGCAUGUGGGACUCUACAAUGCACGGGGUCUGUGUGCGUGCGCGUGUGCCGAGAUGAAAUGUGCAGUCCACACUUGUGGCUGUCAGAUGAAGCCGAGUGACGUCGGUGACCUGCCACAAAAACACUUUUUUUUUGCUUGUUGUUCUUUUUUCUCUUUCUAUCUCUCUUUGUUUUGUUGUAACUUGUACCUUUUCCUGUAGAGUGUGCGCGCAUGUGUAUAUUCUUGUACAUAUAUAAUAUAUAUAUGCAGUCGUGAUGCUGUACCAUA